GCGAAGCUCCGGCGGCAUUGAUGCCAGAGCGCCGUUUCUGUUACUUCACUUCCCCCUCACUCUUCCUCCUUUCCAAUCCACUCAUAAUCAGCCGCAUUUCUUUGUUGUUAUACUGACUCUCAAUCUCUCUCACACGCUCACACCGACACAAUUUCGCACAGCUUUGGGAUCUAGCGAUUUCCUCACAAUGAAGGGGAUUACUGCCAGCGGCGGCGGCGGAAUUUCCGAUCUCUGCAAAUCCGCCGCGCUGAUCCGAAUCUCAGGAUUCCUACUGAUUUCAGUCGUCUUCUUCUACGUAGGCAAGCAUUUCUCCGACGGCUCAGCGCAGCAGCUCCUUUUCUUCACCCCUCAGCAGGAUUCAGGCUCCGCCGCCGUCGGGCUCUCUCCCAACCUCGGCAAAGCCUUCGAUGUCUCUUCAGUUGUGAACGAGACCGCCUCAUCGCCGCCGCCGGAGAAUGGCCAGAUUGAGCCGCAGCAUGCGGCCGCGGCUCCUCCUCCUCCGCCGCCUCCGACGGCGGUGGAGAGGAUGGGGGUGGUGGAUGAGAAUGGGAAGAUGAUGGAUGAUUUUGAGGUGGGGGAGUAUGACCCGGAAUUGGUGGAGAAUUGGUCGAAGACGAAUGAGAGUGAGGGUUUGGAGAGCGAUGGGAAAGGGGAUAGGGUUAGGGUUAGGGUGAAGAAGUUCCCGCUGUGUGCGGAGAGUAUGAGGGAGUAUAUACCUUGUUUGGACAAUGAGGAGGCGAUUAAGCAGCUGGAUUCAACGGAGAAAGGGGAGAGAUUUGAGCGGCACUGCCCUGAAGAGGGGAAUGGCUUGAAUUGUAUUGUCCCUGCUCCUAAAGGUUACAGAACUCCAAUCCCAUGGCCCAGAAGCCGUGAUGAGGUUUGGUUUAGCAAUGUUCCGCAUGCUCGUUUAGCUGAGGAUAAAGGAGGCCAGAACUGGAUCGCCAUUGACAAGGACAAAUUUAAGUUUCCUGGAGGUGGGACGCAGUUCAUUCACGGAGCUGAUCAAUAUUUGGAUCAAUUCGAAAAGAUGCUCCCUGAAAUCGCAUUUGGUCGACAUACUCGGGUUGCUCUGGAUGUUGGUUGUGGUGUUGCGAGUUUUGGUGCUUAUUUACUUUCACGGAAUGUUCUCACCCUCUCUGUGGCCCCAAAAGAUGUCCAUGAGAACCAGAUACAAUUUGCACUUGAACGUGGGGUGCCUGCAAUGGUUGCAGCAUUUGCAACAAGGCGUUUGCUUUAUCCAAGUCAAGCAUUUGAUCUGAUACAUUGUUCAAGAUGCAGAAUCAACUGGACUCGAGAUGAUGGGAUUCUGCUACUUGAGAUCAAUAGAAUGCUCCGAGCAGGUGGUUAUUUUGCUUGGGCCGCACAGCCUGUUUAUAAACAUGAAGCAGCUCUUGAAGAACAAUGGGAAGAGAUGGUUAAUCUUACAACUCGACUUUGUUGGACACUUGUGAAGAAGGAGGGUUACAUUGCCAUAUGGCAGAAACCGUUAAAUAACAGCUGCUAUUUGAGCCGCGAAGAAGGAACACUGCCACCAUUGUGUGCUCCCGAUGAUGAUCCUGACAAAGUUUGGUACGUCGAUUUGAAGGCAUGCAUAUCACGUUUACCUGAGGAAGGAUAUGGGUCAAACAUCACAGCCUGGCCGGAACGCUUACAGACUCCCCCAGAUAGGCUUCAGAGUGUACAAAUUGAUGCUUACAUAUCCAGGAAAGAACUUUUCAGGGCAGAAUCAAGAUAUUGGAAAGAAAUAAUUCAGGGUUAUGUACGUGCUUUGCACUGGGGCAAGUUCAAACUUAGGAAUGUACUCGACAUGAGGGCCGGCUUCGGAGGUUUUGCAGCAGCACUGAUCGAAAACAAACUGGAUUGCUGGGUGCUCAAUGUUAUCCCUGUUAGUGGACCUAAUACAUUGCCCGUCAUAUAUGACCGUGGUCUUAUUGGAGUUAUGCAUGACUGGUGCGAACCAUUUGACACAUACCCAAGAACCUACGACUUAAUUCACGCUGCUGGACUUUUCUCAGUUGAACGAAAAAGAUGCAAUAUCUCAACCAUCAUGCUUGAGAUGGACCGAAUUCUGAGGCCUGGUGGGCACGUGUACAUUCGCGAUACCCUCAAUAUUAUGGAUGAACUUCAAGAGACUGGAAAAGCUCUGGGUUGGCACGUAUCAAUGAGGGACACCUCCGAAGGGCCUCACGCCAGUUAUAGGAUCUUGACGUGUGAUAAGCGCCUCCUACGCGCCUGAGGAAGCAAGGCAUCAUAGGUAGUGGUUGUACAUUCCGGGACCGAUCCACGGCUGCAGUAACUAGAGGCGCUAUUAUCUGCAAAAAAGAGUUACUCUGCGAGCAUCAAGGAAUGGUAUAAGAGGUUGCCUUUUUCUUCUCAGAAUCAGUAAUAUUGCAAUUUACAUGGCUCAAUUCCUUUGUAACAUAUAGCUAAAACAUCUGAAAACAUAUAUGGUUCCAUUUUUCCUUUUUUAUUUUUUUAAAUUUCAUUUGUUGCUGUUAUUUGGUUCUUGUAUUCCCUUAACCUUUAAUUAUUGUUACUUCAACAAGUGUUUCAAAGUAA